UGUAACUGCAAGCAUCUAUCAUCUGCAUGUUUUAUGAUUGUGAUUGUAUACAAUUGUUUUGCAAUCUUUUCUGAAAUUUUUGAUUAGGUGUGGCUUACAGCCUUGAGCUGUAGUUAAUGAGGUGAAAAUUAUUUUCCUCUCGAUUAUGAGAUGAUUUCUUUUUCCCUGUUUCCGCCAUAUCUCACAAUAUUUAACUUUUUAUCAGUGUGCUUGUAUUGCUCAAAUUUGUUUUGGAUUAUGUCAUUCAAUUGACAUGUCAAAUUCGCAAUAUGCAGAUUGUGGUCGUUCUGUUUCCGAUGGAGAUUUGGCCGACGUAAGUCAGAAAAAAAGACAUUCCUCUGGACGAAGCGAUGCACUCAAUGGAAGUAUUGAUAAACAAGUAUUCUUUACUUUACCCCGAUGGAUGAGUGUCAGAAAAAAACGCAGUCGAAUCAAAUAUAUUAAAGUUGACGUGCCUUUUACUUCUGAAAACCAUCGAAAUCAAUAUGGCAAGGGUGAUGAUUUUUCCAAAUCAUAUGUUCAAGACAAAAAAUCAAACAGUUUUAUUCGAAAAUUCUUUCGGAGCAGUUCAUUUUUUACCAGUGAAAGCUCCCAAAAGAGUUCCAGAUCCAUUCCACGAACUCCUACAUUUCCUGCAAUGUCAACAUCCAAUUCGGAUAUUAGAAACUGCAAUGAUUUUGCAUUCUAUUCAUUUGAUUAUCACGAAUAUUUUAAAAAUAAGAAUCCUGCUGUUUGUGGCAUAAAAAAUCAUGGAAAUACUUGUUUCAUGAAUGCUGUUAUUCAGUGCUUAAGUAAUACUGAUUCCUUUGCUGAAUAUUUUGUUUUGGGUAAUUUUAAAAUGGAUUUGCUUCGAAGAAAUAAAGCUCAUUCUAAGAAAUAUGGUACUCGGGGUGAGGUGACUGAUCAAUUGGGAACUGUACUUUCCUCUUUGUGGACUUGUCAAUACAUACCUAACAUAUCAAACAAAUUUAAAACUUUAGUUGCCAAAUAUGGAGAUCAGUAUGAUGGGAGUGAUCAACAUGAUGCUCAAGAGUUUUUAUUAUGGUUGUUAGAUAAAGUGCAUGAAGAUUUGAAUAUUGCUCCAAAGCAAAAAUAUAAAAAGUCAAAGGGUAAUCUUGGUCGAUCAGAUGAAGAUAUCGCUGCAGAAACUUUGGCAAAUCACCUAAGAUGUAAUAGUAGCUUCAUACACGACCUCUUUCAGGGCCAGUUUCGUUCAUCACUUUGUUGUUUAGGGUGUGGUCAUUUUAGUAAUACAUUUGACCCGUAUUUGUGUGUUUCCUUACCAGUUCCACAUUACCAAAAGAUUCCAAUUGUCUUAUACAUUGUUAAGAGAAAUGAAGAUAUCAAAAUAGAUAAAGUAGGACUAACUAUUGAAUCCCAAGCAACUGUGUUGGACUUACAAGAAAAACUAAACACAGUUUUUGGUACUCCAGUAAAUAAUGUUAUGAUUGCAGAAAUUGUUGAUGGUAAAUUUGGGAGGACAUUUAACAAUUCAGACCCGGUUUCCUGUUUUGGAGAAAAAGAAAAUAUAUAUGUAAUAGAAACUCCUCUUCCAAACCUUAAUACAAGUGCAGAGCAAGAGAAACUUGUUUUGAUUAUUGUUAAUCAGCUUGAAACAACUGAUGGUUAUAAUAUGUUAUGGAGACCAUUUGUACUAUCUGUUUUAAGGGAAAUUAGCUACUCUGAGCUGGAAAAUGAAAUAUUCAGUGCCAUGAAUUGUGUGUUCAAAGAAAAUUUUAACGUCAACAGUGAAAGUUUUUCUAUAGUUAUUACUGGACAAUCUAUUAGUGAGAAAAUAUGUUCCUCUGUUGAUAUGCCAUUGUAUAUGCCAGCUAUAGAUCAAGCACUUCAACUUAGUUCUGAUGGAAUUCCACACAUUAAACUUUACAUUCAAUGGAAGAAAGAUGUCAAAGACAUGUUACAGUCUGAAUUAUCGUUCAUUGAAGAACACUCAUCUGUUGAAGAAGCGCGUCUUUUUAAGAAAUCUGGUGAUGAAGUUUCUUUAUAUGAGUGCUUUGAUUUGUAUUUUAAUGAAGAAAGGCUUGGAGUAGAAGAUGCAAGAAUGUGCCCAUAUUGUCAUCAUCGCUUACCCUGUGUCAAAACAUUAAGUUUGUGGAGCAUUCCGGAUGUAUUUAUAGUACACCUUAAAAGAUUUAGACAAUCCUCUAGUCAAAGAGUGAAAAAUACAACUGUUGUUAAUUUCCCACUUACUGGAUUAGAUAUGAAUCCAUAUGUGGCUGAAAGAAGCAAUCCAAAUACGCAAGUGCCAAGUAACUCUUUAGCACCAGUAGCGCUGUGGUCGCCCUGGAAACGUUCUCGAUCUCAUUUAUACACUAGAUGGGAAGACAAUGUUUAUGAGCUUUAUGCUGUAUGCAAUCAUCAGGGUAGCAUGCAAGCUGGUCAUUACACUGCUUACUGUAGAAACCCUGUGAGUGGGCAAUGGUAUCUCUAUGAUGAUAUCAAAGUUCAAAAAGUUCCUGUCACAGAAGUUGUUUCUGCUGAUGCUUACAUAUUAUUUUAUCAACGAAGUAGCCUGAGCUCCUUAUCUUGUGCCUCUUCUUCAUCAUCAGGCUAUAGUAGUGCCUCUUCUGCAAACUCUGUGGGACCUGAUCAUUGGGCAUUUCGCAUGUCACCCUUAUUCCGUGACAUGCAAAUGAACACCAAAAGUCAGGAUAACCUAUUUGAUGUUGGCAAAACAUCAUCAUUAGAUCGUAGAAGUUCAUUGCAUCGUCCAUUCAGUCGUUCAUCCAAAGCUUACUCAACAGUUCAUCACAAUGGUUCAAGCACCUUACCUCAUUCUCAUACAAGAACAUUUCCCAAUGCUGAUCAAUCAAGCUCACAAGUAAUCAGUGCAAAUAAAAUUAAAGAAGAAAUACCACCACCUCCUCCUCCUGUAAAGCAUUAUUGGACAGUUACCUCUGUGUAAAUACCCCUACACUUAAUAACAUGAGGUUCUAAUAUUGUAUUCUGGAGAAACGCCUUCAUUUCGAAAAGCAGUAUUAUUUAUAAUUUUCUUUAAUUCUUAGCAAUUUAUACUACAAGUCAAUAGUUUAAAUAUAUCUUGCUAUGAAGCAAAGUAGAAGUUAUUGUUUCAAUAAUUAUUGUGAUUGUUUUACAGAUAGGUUGUAUCAUAUCUUAAUGAAAUAACUCUUUAAUUAGUUUCAUUGUAAGUUAUUUAAAGACUUUUGAUUGUAUUUACUCUAACUACAUAAAUAGUUAGAUAUAUUUUUUAUUAUUUAAA